GGGAAACAAAGCACAACGGCUGCUCGCAGUGACAGACAUGCAGCCCUUUACUUUGGUCGGCGGGCUUUUUCUCCUGCUCCACAUCUCCUCUGGCAGCGCAGAAACCCAUAGGCACUACCGACAAGUCCUUACUGGAAACCAACCAGGUGUGUGUCGCUAUGGCAGGAGACUGGAGUGUUGCUAUGGCUGGAAGAAAAACAGUAAAGGGCAGUGUGAGGCUCAGUGUGAGCACGGAUGCAAGCAUGGAGAGUGCGUCGGGCCCAACAAAUGCAAGUGUUUCCCAGGAUACACCGGAAAGACAUGUAAUCAAGAUCUGAAUGAGUGUGGCCUGAAGCCUCGUCCCUGUGAGCAUCGCUGCAUGAACACCUACGGAAGUUACAAGUGCUACUGUCUCAAUGGAUACACCGUAAUGCACGAUGGAUCCUGUGCCAAUUCCAGGACAUGCUCUCUCGCUCACUGUCAGUAUGGUUGCGAGGAAGUACAGGGGGAGAUCCGCUGCCUCUGCCCAUCUGCAGGCCUGCAACUGGGGCAAGAUGAGAGAACUUGUGUAGAUAUUGACGAAUGUGUAACUGGAAAGAGCCUCUGUCCCUACAACAGGCAAUGUGUGAACACCUUUGGCAGCUAUUACUGCAAGUGCCAGGACGGCUACGACCUGAAAUAUGUCGACGGCAAAUAUGACUGUGUAGACCUUGAUGAGUGUGCAGCCGGCACCCACAAGUGCAGCCACCACGCUGUCUGUCUGAACACUCAAGGAUCCUACAAGUGCAGGUGCAAGUCUGGCUUCAGAGGCAAUGGCUUUGAAUGCUCUGUCAAGCCAUUUUAUCAGAAGUCGUGGGAUGGAGACAAAGGCAGUGCAGACGAUUCCCUCAAUGCCAUCCCAGACUCCCAAGUGAAGCCCGAGAUUCUGGGAGGUAAGCUGAGCAAUGAGGACAUCAAAAAUGUAAUCCCUGAACCAGUCGCAACACCGCCUCCCAAGGUCCGCCAGCAGCCUUUUGACUAUGAAGGAGAGGUCUAUGUUGGCACCCAGAACGAGGCAGGACCGGAGGAGGAAUUUCCAGAGGAAGACGAGGAGGAAGAGGAAGACAAUCAGCUCAAUCCAAGAGGAGAUGUUUUCAUAUCAGAAGAGUUUGAGUCGGUGUUCGGCCCAACCACAGAAGUCAAAGAAAUCCAAAUAACACCGGUUCAGGAAGAGUAUAUCAUGGAUUGCAACUUUGAUCAGGGAGCCUGUGAAUGGGUCCAAGACAAGGCUGAUGACAUUGACUGGAGCGUAGCAUACCAUGAUAUUGGUGCCGAGUACUACAUGGCCUUGAGUGGGCUCCUGGGGGACCAAGAGGACGUGGCCAAGCUGAAGUUGCUUCUCAGCGAUCGGGCUCAGCAGGGCAGCUUCUGCCUCACUUUUGAUUACCGAGUGGUGGGCCACAAUGUGGGAACACUCAGGGUGCUGCUGGACAACAAUGUUUAUCCAGUGUGGGAGCAGAGCCAGAGCAGAGACCAGGGAUGGCAGACAGAGCUCCUCACCGUGGCCUGGAGAGAGAAGGCCCCAGAGUCUAUUAUCUUUGAAGCACAGCGUGGGAAAGGCCUUGGAGGCGAGAUAGGGCUGGACAAUGUCGUGCUGACCUCAGGGCCCUGUCAAGAGGACGACACUCCAGUUUUUUAAGAAUCUCCAUCUCAGAUUACCAAUUCUGCCCUAAAUGACAACAUGUCAAGGAUUCCUGCCCGUAUCGUGGAGUUUCUCAGUGUUCUCUCAUCGCACAGAUACACUUUUUAAAGGGAAGAAUAUGAACAAUCAGUGCAUGCAAGUUUACUUACUCACAAUGCUGCUACAUCAAGACAUCCAGCUACAUUCUUUAUUGUGAUUUUCAAAAUAGUAGCUAAUGGUACAGAUAACUCCGAACUCAGGAAUAGGUGGAACUUUGUUAGUUUGGUUUAACAGUUUGUGCUUAGUCCUUUGUUGUGUAUGUGACAGUGCAUUGCUGAAGUGAACUAAAAAUAAUCUGACAUGUAAUGUGAAAUCUUAGGUGAAUUAUAUCUGAAAUCCUUGAUAAAUAACUUUUUUUUUUGAAGGCUGUUUAGUUUGAAUGAUAAAAAAAACAGUAUCCAUGCAUAAAAGCUGUAAUAUUUGCUUUCAAAUCAUACUGUAUUCUUACAUUAAAUGUUUUUUUUUCUA